UCCACAAAAAGAGAGAGUCAGAGGAGAGAAGAGGCACUUUUAAUAACUGAUAAAAACCGUUUAAGUGAACCUAAGUAAAUUAACGAUGACAAAGAGAAAGGCAGAGAACUAGAGAGGGAGCGGGAGAAAAGAGAGAGCCUAUAAAUGAGGGGAAACAACAGUGCGCUUUCUGAAAUCAUUAAAACAACAACGAAACUCAAAUUUAGCAAAGAAACAUGCAAACAAAAAUGGUUAAUCAGUUGACAUUCUGCCGCCUCGUGAACCUCAACUGAACUAAAUAAUAAACAGUUUGUAAUCAGAUUCCAAAUCGACUGAUACGACAAUUUGAGAUGCAAUUUGUUGCCGCUGAACACCAACAUCGUAGACUAAAUCCAUUGACUGGCCAAUGGGUUCUGGUGUGUCCACAUCGCAUGCUCCGUCCAUGGUCGGGCCAACAGGAGAAAGCACAAGAAAAUGAUCUACCGGAUUUUGAUCCAACAAAUCCACUUUGUCCCGGUGUAGAGAGACCAAAUGGCAUUAUAACUCCCAAGUAUAGGAGCACCUACGUGUUUGAUAAUGAUUUUCCCGCUCUGGUGGAACAGGUGCCAACGCCACCUAGCAGCGAUGAUCCUUUAUUUCAGGUGGCACCUGCACGAGGAACUUGCCGGGUUAUGUGCUUUCAUCCCAAAUCAAACUUGACCUUGCCCACAAUGAGUGCCAAGGAAAUUCAAGUGGUUAUUGAUGAAUGGAUUCAACAAUUUAAUGAGCUAAGUGCCAAAUACGCUUGGGUUCAGAUAUUCGAGAACAAAGGCUCUGCCAUGGGCUGUUCAAAUCCUCAUCCGCAUUGUCAGAUCUGGGCAUGCUCAUUUUUGCCCACAGAACCACAAUUGAAACAGGAACGUCUACGAGCUUACUAUGGCACACAUGAGCGUCCCAUGUUGGCUGACUAUGUGGACCGGGAGCUACAGAAAAAGGAACGCAUUGUUAUCGAAAAUCCCGAUUGGUUGGUUGUUGUACCCUAUUGGGCAGCUUGGCCAUUUGAAACCCUUUUAAUUUCGCGUAAUAAUAACAAACGCAUCAAUGAUCUAACAUUGAGACAACGUGAGAAUCUGGCGGUGACCAUUAAGGAGUUAACCACAAAAUAUGAUAAUCUAUUUCAAUGUUCGUUUCCCUAUUCGAUGGGCUGGCAUGGGGCACCGACAGGACCAGAGCAUGCACAUGCCUCGAGUGCCCAUUGGACAUUGCAUGCCAUGUACUAUCCGCCUUUGCUGCGAUCGGCAACGGUGCGCAAAUUCAUGGUGGGUUUCGAAUUGUUGGCCAUGGUUCAAAGGGAUCUAACACCUGAACAGGCUGCUCAGCGUCUACGUGAAAUUAAUGGCAAAUGCCAUUAUCUACACAAGGAUAAACUAAGCGGCGAAUGAUCAGCAUUUUGUUUGUUGUGUUGUUGUCAGUUACUACGAAUUUUUUUUAAUAAAAAUAUUAAAAUUAAA